AUGGGUACUUGCAUGAGUGGCAACAGAAACAAAAUUGGCAAUGAUGAUGAGGACAAAAUUAUGGAUAUAAAUAAUCUGAAGGUCGGUAAGUCAGAUUUUAUCAGAUAAACAGAGGGUAAAUUUGGUUCAUAUUAUAAAAUUGGAAAAGCUCUGGGACUAGGUAAAAUUAGAAUAUUAUUUUCUUAAAGUAAAUUAGGAUCUUUUGGGGAGGUUAGAAAAUGCAUUAGUAAACUUACUGGAACAAUGAGAGCAGUGAAAAUAUUAAAUAAAGCCACUCUUUAAAUUAAGGAUCAGAAAAGAUUUCUGUAUGAAAUUGAGCUACUGAGAGAGCUAGAUCAUCCUAAUAUAGUGAAGGUCUUUGAGUAUUUUAAUGAUACUGACAAGAUCUAUAUUGUUACUGAACUUUGUACUGGAGGAGAGCUCUAUGAAGAAAUGAAUAAAAGAAGAGGGAAAGGUUUCAGUGAGGAAGAGGGCGGUAUAAUAAUUUAACAAUUGCUUUCUGCGGUUAAUUACUGCCAUCUUAAUAAUAUUGUGCACCGUGACAUUAAACCUGAGAAUAUUUUAAUAGAUUCGAAGAAAGGUGAUCAGAUCAAAUUGAUUGACUUUGGUACUGCUCAGAAGUUUACAACAGGAAAGUCAAUGACUUAAACCUUUGGUACAGCUUAUUAUAUUGCUCCUGAAGUUCUUACCUCAUCCUAUGAUUAAAAAUGUGAUGUAUGGUCAAUUGGUGUGAUAAUGUACAUGCUUUUAUCUGGAAAACCUCCAUUUGAUGGAGUAGAUGAUAAACAAAUAAUAAAAAAAGUUAAAAAGGGUGAGAUUCACGUCAAUACGAUUGAGUGGAAAAAGAAAUCUAGAGAUGCAAUAGAUCUUCUAAAAAAAAUGCUAACAAAAGAAGCUUAGAAGAGGGUAUCAUGCUAAGAAGCUCUCGAUCAUCCAUGGAUUAGAAAAUUGGGUAAAGCAUUUGUUGAUAAAUCAGAAAUAACAGCUGCUCUUAAUAAUUUAAGAAAUUUCAAGAUUGUAGGUAAACUAUAAUAAGCAGCACUUACGUUUAUCGUUACAUAACUACUUGGAAAAUCUGAAAUUGACCCAUUUAGAAAGGUUUUCAAUAAAUUAGACAGAAAUGGCAGUGGUAUGGUUACUAGAGAGGAAUUAUUGUAGAUGUUCAAAAAAUAUUUAGGUAAGGAUAUCUCUGAUAUGGAACUAGACAGAAUCCUUGCUUAAGUAGAUGCUGAUUUGUCAGGUGAAAUUACUUUCUCAGAAUUUCUAGUAGCUUGCAUUAAUCCAAAGGAAAUUCUAACCACAGAUAGACUAUAAGCAGCCUUCAAUACUUUUGACAUUGAUCAAUCAGGAUUCAUUUCAAUGGAUGAAAUUAAAAAGGCUCUUUGUGCUGGAAAAAAUAUUGAUGAUAAAGUUUGGGCAAAAGUCGUUGAAUAAGUAGAUAUAAACGACGAUAAUGAGAUUUCAUUCUUAGAAUUCAAAGAUAUGAUGGAGAAGAUAUUCAAUCUUAAUUAAGGAGGGAAGAGAGACUAGCUCAAGUUGUAAUAGUAACAAAAAGAAAAAGAAGAGCAAUUGAGGAUUCAAUAGGAGGAAGAAAGAUUAAAGAAAGAGGAGGAAGAAAAAAAGGCUAUUGAAGGAGGUUAGAGAGAAGAUAAAAUAGAUGAAGAAAACGAAGAGCAAAAUGGAAAAGGUCUUAAUAAAGAUGAUGGUGAUUUAUAGCAAGCAGAUAAGAAAAAUAAGAAAAAGAAAAGGAAGAAGAAAAAGAAGGGCAUCUUGAAAAACGGAAUAAAUAAAGAGAAUGCUGAGAAGAAUGAAGAGCAAAAAUAACAGGAAAAGAUAGAGGAAGAAGAAGAAGAAGAAUUCUUAUGA